AUGAAUAGAUAUAAGGCAGGUAGGGAUAGGGUAAUCUCCUCUUUUUCCUUUUGUCUUGUCAUAACUAUCUUUCUUUCUCCUUCUCCAGGUAUUGUGGUAAAUGGCCUGGUAAAUGUUAGCAUCUCUACUAUUGAAAAACGUUAUGAACUGAACAGUUCCCUCACUGGAUUAAUCUCUUCAAGCUAUGACAUCGCAUUUUGUAUACUGUCGCUAUUUGUAUCUUUCUUUGGAGAAAGAGGGCACAAACCGAGAUGGCUUGCCUUUUCUUCAUUUAUGCUGGGAUUAGGCUCACUUGUAUUUUCCUUGCCACACUUCUAUAGUGGAACAUACCACUAUGGAUCCAAAAUUGAAGAAACAUGUCAAAUAUUGGGAACGAAUGCUGCCAACCUCACUUGCAAUGCUAGCACAAAGUCUUCACUCUCCAACUACCUCUAUGUCUUCAUCCUGGGACAGCUGCUACUAGGAGUAGGAGGAACUCCCUUGUAUACUCUGGGAACAGCCUUCAUUGAUGAUAGUGUCCCAAAACACAAAUCUUCACUUUACAUAGGAAUUGGCUAUGCCAUGUCACUGCUGGGUCCUGCUAUUGGCUAUGUAUUAGGAGGGCAGCUGCUGAACAUCUACAUUGACGUGCAUCUUCGGGAAAGUGCAGAGAUUGAUCCAGAUGACCCACGUUGGCUUGGGGCUUGGUGGAUAGCAUUUCUCUUGUGCAGUUUCGCAACAUGGCUUCUGAUAAUACCGUUUUCAUGCUUUCCAAAGCACUUGCCAGGUACAGCAAAAAUACAGGCUGAAAAAAUCUCUGAGACUCAUAAUGAUGGAAGUAAGGAACUUGUUGAAGGCAAAAAUAUUGGAAAAAGUUUUAAAGACUUUCCACUGGCUCUUUUGAUACUGCUGAGAAAUCCUGUCUUGAUGUGUUUAAUAGUAGCCACUGCUACAGAAGCUUUAAUUGCUACUGGCUUUGCUACAUUCCUGCCAAAAUUUAUAGAACAUCAGUUUUCGCAGUCAUCCAGUUUUUCAGCAACACUAGGAGGGCUUGUAUUAAUUCCAGGAGCUGCGCUAGGCCAAAUCAUAAGUGGCAUUUUGGUUUCCAAGUACAAAAUGGAUUGUAAAAGCAUAAUCAAGUUCACUCUAGGCACUUGUUCAGUGGCUUUGCUGCUAAACACAGUAUUUUUAUUUGCCAAAUGUGGGAAUGAACCUUUUGCAGGAGUCUCUGAAACCUAUAAUGGAACAGGAACACUGUGGAACUUGACAGCACCAUGCAAUACUGACUGCAAUUGUCUACGCUCCUUUUAUUACCCAGUUUGUGGCAGAGAUGAAAUCCAGUAUUUUUCUCCCUGUUUUGCAGGAUGCACCUCUUCUACUUCUGAAAAAAGGAAAAGGACUUACCACAACUGUAGCUGUGUUGGGAAGUCACCACGCUUACCUGAAGUUAAUGUUGCCUAUGAGGCUAUUCCUGGGAAAUGUCGAGCACAAUGCAUGCUUCUGCCUGUAUUUUUGGGCUUUUUCUUCUUCACUGUUGUUUUCACGUUUAUGGCUGUUACUCCAACUACUGUGGCCAUUCUCAGGUGUGUGCCAGACAAGCAGCGUUCAUUUGCUCUGGGUGUGCAGUCACUGUUUCUACGAUUACUGGGUACUAUUCCUGGGCCAAUUUUCUUUGGUGUGGCUAUAGACAACAGUUGUACUCUGUGGGACCUCAAUGAAUGUAAAACUCGAGGGGCUUGCUGGGUCUAUGACAAUACAAAAAUGGCAUAUAUGCUGAUAGGUAUAAGUGCAGCUUGUAAAGUCCUCACAAUUUUUUUUGUGAUUGUUGCAUUCUGCUUGUACAAGGCUCCAUCAAGCAGUUCUGUAUCGCUGGAAAAGAAUGCGGAAAUGGCAUCUGGUGUACAUGUGUGAGAACCUCAAUCAACUACCUGGGAACUUUUUUAACCCCUAUUGCAGAAAUGGCUGUGGUGCACACUUCAUGUUACAGGUCCAGCAUUAUGUAAAUAUGGAAGAUCCCAAUAGUUCUUUCUUGAACAACUUGAAAUUGGGUUUUAAAAUAUCUGGAUAUUUUGUGAGAUUAAUUUGAAGCUCGGGAGACUUGAUAUCUUGAUAGCAUACCUUUUUUAAAAAUUGCAGAAAAGAAGCAAGUUGUUUUACUUGAGUAUUGGGAAAGCUUUUUAAAAAGCAUAAAAACUUUAGUUAGAAGUUGCAGUAUUGCUGUCAGAAUAUAUGAAAGAUGACCAUGAGCUGAACUGGGGAACAUCAGUAAUUAACCACAAAGGCAAAUAGUACACCUCAAGAAAAGACUGAAGUACAGAGAGAGAGAGCAUCUUUAACAUGGAAGAGCAGUCAAUGUUUACUUCAAAGCUGCAGGAAUACUUUUUUAAUGUGCCAAUGUUUUGGGUAAUGUUUAGCACAAACUUUAUUUUUUCACCACAGUUUCUUGAGUAAGAACAAAUUGACUGUCUUGUUUUUACAAGUUGAGUUGAAGUUUAAAUUGAUCACUUGUUUUCUACAAUUUUUUUAAAUGGUAGCAAAAAUGUUGUAAAUUGACUACAUUGGUUUUUGUAUUAACACAAUCUAAAAAAUUGUCAAGACUUUUUAUAGAAAAAAUAUUUUAAUAUCUCCAUGAAAUUUUGAAAAUGAAGCCUACUUUCUUAAUGUUUCUCAUUGGCCAUGUACUAGCUUGUUCGUAAGUGCCGGGUGUUCACCCUUAUUCUGCUUAAAGCUAUUGAAUCACUUUCCUGAAAACACAUCAACAGGAAAAACAAAUCCAGUUCAGACUUCACAACCUGAAGUAAACUGUAUAUAUGUACCAUAUCUGUAAUGUAACACUAUUUAUAAGCAGAACUAUAACUGUCUAACAAAUUUGAAAUAAAUUCCAGAUUUUAAUGAA